AUGUCAGGGACUGUACCCUUAGGUCCUACAUUUGUUCCACAAGGCUCCUCUGUGGAAGAAGCAUAUGGGCCCCAACUUCCUCCACGCUCAUUACCUGCCAUUCAACCGGCAGCUAAGACACCAAUAAGUGAGCUGAUGGAACUUGCCAUGCGAAUGGGACUGGUCUGCAAUUUUGAAACUGUCUCAGAAAGUGGCCCAAAUCAUAGCAGAACAUUUGUUAUUAGCUGCACUGUUGGGGAUGUGGUUGGACAGGGAUCAGGUUGUGGAAAAAAGAAAGCAAAGCAUGAGGCUGCAAGACUUACCUUGGAUAAGUUAAAGGAAUCACAAUUGUACAUUGACUAUGUAAAUGUGAGUAUGAUAUUUGUCUUUGGGUUACUGUCAACUCUGUCUUAAUGGGCCCUCUGAAAGAUUAGUAACCCCUUAAAAUGGACUCCUAUGGCUUGUUCCUGUCAUUCUCCACUCCAAGACCAACUCUUGUUACAGUUGUAUACUUAGGGGUGGUCCCAACAUUGUCUGCCUUUAUAGAGAGAGGUGACUGUACCAUUUUAAUAAUUGUACCUUUUUGUACUUCUGUUUGUUUUUGCAUAUAUGAAGUACAUGUUAGUAACACUGUGUGUGUAAAAAGAAGUACAAUAAAAUAUUAUUAUGUAUCCUUUUGACUAAGAGCCUGUUUAGAUGAGGUAAGCCAUCCCAGUUAGCCAGGCUAGCUCACUUUACCUGGCUAGGCUCGGCUUAUGCCUUGUUUCCUUUUAAAAUUGUUGUUGUGUUUAUAUGAGAAGGUGCGCUGGCCUGCCUGCCGAGAUAUUUUCUCAAGCAACAGGGAUCUCGGCAAGUAGUCCAGCCUGCCUUCUCAUAUAAACUCACCAACAAUUUAAAGAGGAAACAAUGCAUUAAAGAAGUAGAAUAUCUUUUCAGGAACUCUGCUUGGUUGACUAACACAUAAGCCCUCUAUUUUUGUCAGCAAUGGACUACCACGGCAGCAUUAGCACCUCAUAACAACCCUGUGGGCCAUCUCCAGGAAGUAGUGGCCAAAAAAGGCCUGCAGAAGCCAGAAUUUGAGGUUACCAAUGGUGAAGGCCCCCCUCACCAAAGAACUUUUGAGACAACAGUAACCAUUGGCAAUCUACUGUGCACUGGGAAGGGCAGAUCCAAAAAAGAGUCCAAGCGGAAGGCGGCUGAGGCCAUGCUCAACACUAUCAGCAAGACUAAUUUAUCAUUAGAACCACCAGCCAAAAGAAUGGCAUUUGUUCCUGCUAGUUCUUCUGGGCCAAUUGCGUUUCAUCCUGCUGGAACCUUAUAG